CUUGGUGUGUUGGUGGUCGUACACACAAGUAGUAGCGUUAAAAUGUGUUCCGGUUAGGUGGGGGGCCUUUAGUCAGCAUCUCGAACUCGCAUCGCUCGGACCGCGCGCCAGGUUCGUUCGCCAGCACAAAAGGUCGCGCGUGGUUGAGUGCUACAGUUGAUAAAGCACCAGGCGAGGGAUCGGAUCCAUGCCGGGAGCGCCUCGGAAGAUUCGAAUUGUGUGUGUUGCCGUCUUGUUUCUCCGCUACGCUUUUCUCCGCACAGUGUUGCUGUUCCGUCCAAUAUUAUUAACUUCUGUGUGACCGAGAGAGAUAGAGAGAGCGUUUAGAGUUAGACGAGCGACAAACGACGAAAAUGCAGAAGAAAUCGAAUCUGUGAAAGAGAGUGCGAGAAAAGAUUAGAACAAAGAGGCCAUCUUGGUAGUGAGUGAUCGGUAGUAGAUCGCUGGAUCAUUGCUGCGUGUGUGUGUGCGUUUGUGUGUGCAUUUUGUGCUAACUCUUGUUCCAACGUGUGCUUGUGUGUGUUUUAUGGUGAAUGCAAAUAAGCCGCAACUUGCUAACAGCCCGGAAUGAGUAGUAAUUAACACGUUAAGAUAACGCUUCCAGUGCUUUGACAGUGUUGUUGUGUCCUCUGGCUGACUCGACACCGGCUUUAACCCAAAGAAAGCACAUCUAACCUUAAAUGACAUAAAAAAUAUAAAAGCAGAAAGCAACCAGCGUCGCGACAAAACACACGGCACAACAAUGCUAAUCAACAAAGAAACCAUCCCGUACAGGAUGGGCCUGCAGCCCUUCUACUACUACCAAUCGUCACCGCCGGUGCAGAAUGAGCGGCUCGGCGGCUACCACCCGAUAACGCCCCCGUACCACCAUCCGUACGACUUUAUCCUGCCGAUGCAAUCGUCGCCACCGGGCUCGAUGCCGGCCAGCGCAACGGUUGCGGCGGUAACGGCCGCCGCCGCCGCCGGUGUACCCGUGCCGACCGAUCGUCUUCGGUCGCCGGCCUCAUCAACCGGUUCGUCGCCUACGUCUGUCGGCUCAUCGCCACUGUACUUCUACCUGAACGGGCGCAACACCGGCACGGAGGGAGCUGCCGUGUCGGGAAAGGAUCAACUUGCAGCAGGGCCGCUUUCACCACCCCACACACCGCCGUUGCGCGAUCGCUCGCCCAGUCCACUGUCGGGGCGGGGUGAAGUGCUCGGUACCGGCAGUACGGCAGCGCAGCGCAACUCCGUCAUUAUGAAGGUGCAGAAUCAGCAGGUCGUCCCGAUGCAGGGCGAAACCGACGCGAGCAGCUCGCAGUCCGAGCCGGACACGGUGGAGGAGUUUGUCUGCCGCUGGGAAAACUGUUACUGCGUGUUCUUCAAGCUGGAGGAUCUGGCAAGUCACGUUACGCAGAAGCACGCCGUCAUCGGGCUGGACGGUUUGUACUACUGCCGCUGGGAGCGCUGCCUGCGCCAGGACCGUGGCUUUAACGCGCGCUACAAGAUGCUGGUGCACGUGCGCACACACACGAAGGAGAAGCCGCACCAGUGCGGCAAGUGUGGCAAGUGUUUUUCGCGCGCGGAAAAUCUGAAAAUUCACCUCCGCUCACACUCGGGCGAAAAGCCGUACGUCUGCCCGGUGGAGGGAUGCAACAAAGCGUACUCGAACUCUUCCGAUCGGUUCAAGCACACCCGAACGCACUCGAACGACAAACCGUACGUGUGCAAGGUGCCGGGCUGCAACAAACGCUACACCGAUCCGUCCUCGCUGCGCAAGCACGUCAAAACGUUCAAGCACGCGAACCUGGACGGCUGCUCGCCCCUGCGGCUGCCGGAUGUGUGCUGCAUGGAGUACGAAAGCUACUCCCAGGACAGUACGACCCGCUCGGAUGCGACCGGUUCCUAUCCGGACUACGAUUCCGAGGACGACGGCGGUGCGCUGAUCGAUGUGGUGUGCUGCGACGAGGAGGCCCGGCUCUAUCCCGAGUACGGGCCGCAACGUUUGGCGGGCUGCGAGCAUCCCGGGUGCUGUCAGCAGUUUAAGCACGGUGCCAGCUACUGGGGCUUGAUGGAACAGGCGGACGAUUCCCGGCGCCAGCUGAUGGAUGGCGAGCAGCUCGAACCGUGGGACAACGGCAACGGUACGGCAUCGCGCGAAGACGACGAACGGUGCAGGGAAGGUGUCGUCGUCGUCGGCGGUGCUGCCGGGGCGGGUGAGCGUCCGGAGGUACCGAGGCUGCUCAAGAUGGACGUGGAAGAUGGUCCGCUCGAUCUCAGUGUACAUCACCGAUGAAAGUAUGCAAUUGAGGAGAUGUUGUUUGGUUUUUCUUUCGUUGUUUUAAAAGAGUUGCGCUUAGUAAGUGUAACUUAUCCCCACAACCUUAUUUUCCCGAGCUCCCAUUUCCCUAUCCUGUCCCACACCACCUUCCUUUUGUUUCUGCAUUGAAACAAACAUUUUUAACUGUGUUCUGCAACGCAACUGAUGGAUUUUGUAGUCUGUAAGGAAACAAGUUUUUUUUAUAUUAUUAUUAUUACUUUUAUAUUUUACACACAACAUGCAAAUAAGCAAACAAGCAAGCAAACAAAACAUAUCUAUAACAAAACGUUUAUCUUUAUUGUGUAAUGCCGCAAGCGAGCAAAACUAACAAAAACUACAUGUUUAGCUAUAACGAUACGAUCGAACACUAGUGCAAUGUGCUGCGAAUGUUUUAAACUUCAUAUGGCGGGCGGGCAGCUCCCCACAACAACAACACACACACAACACAAAUAAAAUGGUGCAAGUGUAGGUUUAGUAGGCUAGAACAAUAAUGCUAGAAGGAUUUGUGAUUUUGAUGGCAAGAGGAAGAAGCGAGAAAGAGGAAAUGAAAAAGAAGAAAUGAGAAGCAGAAAA